AUGGAAGCUGAAAUUAAAGAAAUGCUAUAUGAAGUCCUUGAAAGUGAAAUCAGCGACAUUCAAACUUUUAUCAACAAGAAAAAACAGCUCGAUGAUUCUCUACGAAAUUUAUUCACAAACUCUCCUCACCUGCUAGAAUCCAUAAGAAACUACAUCGAAGAUCUAUUUUAUGAUAAAAGAAUAGAAGACUUCGACGCCGACAACUACGCAAAAUACAUUGAUUGCUUAUUAAACGGAGAAAACCCUCUAUCCCCUGACUCCCCCCUUUAAAUUUGAACAAAAUAUAGGUAAAAUUUUAAAUUAACCCCCUUUAAAUUGGAAUAAAAUUCAAUUUUAUAAUAAAAAAAUUUUAUAGAUAAAAAUCAUAAUUUUUAUGUAAAAGUUUUGAUAUAACUUUCUUCUUAACUAAAAUUAAAAAUUUUAGUUAUAUCUUGCGCUUGUUUAAAGAAAAGAGUAUAAAAGGCAUCUUAUUUAAAUAAAUUUAUUAUCUUUUAAUUGCUAAAUUUUUUAUUUUUUUGGAUAAAAAUAAUAUUUUUUAUUUAAAUAAUUUUGAUAAAAAUUAAAUUCGAAUUCUUUACAAAAAUUUAAAAUUUACUUUUUUUGCUUUAUUUUAAAGAAUAGAGUAUAAAUAAUAUUUUAUUUAAACAAAAUUAGUAUUUUGAUGAUAAAUUUUCUAAUUUUUUUUUUUAAUUUAUUUCUUAUCAAAAAAAAAAUAAUAAUUUUGUGUAAAUAGUUUUGAUACCAAUUAAUAGUGGUGUAUUAACUAAUAAUAAAAAUUUAGUUAUAUUUUGCUUUUUUUAUUUUUUUAAAGGAUAAAGAGUAAAUAGGAUUUUAUUAAACAAAUUUAUGAUAAAUUUUUGAAUUUUUUUUUAUAAAAAAAUUUUCUUAACUGCCCUUUUAAACUGGAACAAAAUUGUUUGUUCCAAUUUAAAGGGGGGAAGUGAGCUAAAUCCUAACUUCGGUGAUCGAUUUAAUGAAUAUUUAAAAGAAAAUAUAGAAAAAUACCAAAUCUUCCAAAAUGAAGAAAUCAAAAGAGUGACUAGGGUCAUUACUUGAAAUAUGUUAGGAGAAAGAGAAGAAUUUCCUUUUGAAAGUUCUACUGACAACACAACUACUUUUGAGAUAAGCAGCUUAAAUUCAAAUGAGUCUCUAGAAGCAGAAGUUUUAAGUCCUCAGAAAUUUAAUCGAGCUGUUAUUAAAUUUGCUGAAUUUUUGGAAAAUAGGAGGAAUGAAAGGAUAAAAAAAGGACUGGGGAAAAUAAAGAAAGCUAAUUUAAAGGUAGAUAAAUACAGAAAUUCAGCAGAGAAAUAUAGAGAAAUUACAUUCAAAUAUUUGGUGAUGAUAGUUAAAAGGAAAGAGGUUUUAAAAACAUUGCAGGUUAUGGCGAAAAAUAAAACGAUAGAAGAUAGAAAUCAGGAGAGGAAUUAUUUCAAAAAUUGUAGGGCUAGGAAUUAUUUUAUUUGAUGAGCAUUUAAAUUGGAAUUGAAAAAAAUGAGGAUGAUGAGGAUAAAGCUAGGGGCUAGUUUAAUUGAAGCAAAAUUUAGAAAUAACCAAAAUAUCCAGGUGUAUAGAAGUUUUUAUGUUCAAAAGAAUGAAAACAGAGAAUUUAAGUAUCAGGCUUUAUCAAAAGUUAAUUAUGGAAUUUUGCUCAUAUGCAAAUGAGAAUCGCUUAAAAAAUGAUCAAAUAAAUUUAUAUAGAGGUUUCCUCUAUAUAGCGCUAAAAGCGCAGACAUUUUCCCAGGAGCUUUCCAAGUUCGUCGGACCAAAUCGCUUUUUGGUCCGACAAGGCAUUGAUUUGGUGCAACCUACCGAUAAAUUCCGAUCAGAAUUUAUCGGCCUUACAGCGCCAAACAUAGGAAACUUCUAUAUCUUUUGGCAAGCUGAAAACAACAAUUAUGUGAGAAAAAAUAGAAGAAAAAGAAUAUUUUCAGAAUAAAAAGCUACUUAUAUGCAAAAUCAUAAAAGUUGUCCAAAAAAUCCAAAAAAUUAUUGAGAGGAAAAAUCAGUCAGAGUCGUUUUUAUUGAUAAGAAUUUAUGCUAUGCAGAAAUCAAAUGAAAUAGUAGAAUCAUUUUAUACAGAAAAUGAGAAAGGAAUAAUUAAAAAACAAAAUGUUAGAAAUGGAGCAGAGAAAUUAAAUAUAAAAUGCAAUUUAAUGAUAAAGCUAGCUUUUGAUAGAUUGAAAAAUUACUCAUUGAAUGAAAAGAGUAAUUAUGAAAAAUUGUAUGCUAUCAAUUUAUUGAAUAUUAUCAAUUUUCUCAAAAAUUAUCAAAGCAGUCUUAUAGUUCAUGCAUUUUUGAGAUUAAAAUUAAAUUCAAUGGCUGAAGAAAAUGAAAUUUCUACACAAAAUCUAUUAAAAUCCCAAUCACAUAAAAUAUGAGCUAGAAAAAUAAGCCAAAGCCAGCUUAGGCUAGAAAAAUCUGUAGCUUCUAAUGUGUUAAAGCAAUGAAAAAACAAUAUUUUAUAUACAAAAUUAUCAAAAAUCUCCAAAACCUGUGUUUCUAAGGAUGAGCUAAAAGCUGCUAGAAUUGUAUUUUCUGCUUUUUUUAAAACAAUUAAAAUUUCAUUUUUGAGAUGAAAAGAGGUAAAUGAAAUCAUAAAAAUUCGUGAAUUUGGAGCCCGAAAAAUAGGUAUUUCUAUUACAAUUUUAAUGAGAAAAAGAUUGGACUAUUCUUAUUGGCACAUUCAAUAUUGAAACGAUUUGAAAAAAUGAUCACUAAUCAGAAAGUUAACCAAAAAAAUAAAGGAAAACAUACAAAAAAUUGAAAAAUUAAGAGGAAAGCAAGUAUUAAAUUUUGAUAAUACAAACUUGUUAAGAUAUAGGAUUAAGGAGUAUGCUUUAUCAUAUGACAAAAAGCUUGCUUUAUUUAAUUAUAAACUCAGAGAUGCUAAUGCUUAUAUUUUUCAAGCAAAUGAAAAAUUGCUAUCUUUGAGAGCUCAAAAUGCAGCUUUACACAAUAAGUAUAUCAUCGUUAUAGCAAAAAAUAAGCAGGAGUCAGAAAAAAUGAAGAAGCUUCAGCUUAAGUUUUCACAAAUAUCUGACGAUAAAUUGAAAAUAAAAGAAAAUAUUACAAUUAUAAAAAAGGAUAUUGGAGACUGUGAAUUUCAUAUACAAAAUAUAAGAAAAAAUAUAGGAAUAGCUGAGCAAAAACUAAGAAAAAAAUCUGUAAUCACUCGAGAAAUAAAAAUCCAACCGUUUUUAUAUUCAUACCGCAAACUAUUUGUAAGCUCCCCAAGGCACUUAAAUUCAAACCCCCUCCCCAAAAAACACAAAAAUUAUGAAGAAGACAUUAAAAUACUUAGUCCUCCUUAAUUAGCAAAAAACAAUUAUAAAAAUUUUUUUGGUGAUAAUUUAUCACCCUUGGUUAGCAAGCAAAAUUACUUGAAUAUGUUUAGUUUGGAAUAAAAUUUAUUUUAAUAUAUAAUUGAAUAUUAUAAAAGCAAAAUAUAUGGAAAACAUAAAUUUUUAUAAAUUAAAUUAUGGAUUAUUUUAAAAACAUUAAUAUCGCUUUAAAAAAAUUAACCCUUGUAUUGCGAGCAAGGAAUUUUAUUAACUAGCAAAGGGGAAUUAAUAAAUCCUCAAUCAUAGCUACAAUUUUGUUGGUUUUCUUAUUAUAUUUACUAAUAAUCUAA